UUGGAUGGAGAGGACUGUGUGGCCAUGAGUACUACUGAAUUCCACCCCGAUCAGCUAUCGGACAAUCACCCCAGCCCGGCCCCGAGCAACGCAGGCUCCACGGGAACUUCGGGCAUCACAGUGCGCAAUGGCCCCCAAGGCCAGCCGCUGAGUUUUAGAAGGGUCGCGGCGAUGUGCGCAAACCGGGCGUUGAGAUGGGAGGGGGGAGGGGGGGACAACGUGCAUCACGCGCGUGUGAGUCUUUUGGUGAACAAUGUGACUGACAUUUCUAUUUUUCGCUCUAUUAAGACAUGUCAUGCUCGGAAGGUGAGUUCUCCCCCUUGCAUCUCUUCUCUCCACGUCGUCGCUCUAACCGUCGCUGUCGCCCAACAGGUCCGAUGCGAUGCAGCCAGUCUCGGGGUGCCUUGCACGAAUUGUGUCGCUUUCUCGAUCGAGUGUAAAAUCCCUUCCCCGAAACGAAAGAAGACGAACCAGAGCAAGAACAAAGAGGACGCUCAAUAUGACGAUAGUCCACCUCAGACUGCCUCCUCGAUUGUCGACGCCGCGGUAGCGCAUUUCCGACCUACGAGUACCGAGGAGCCAGUCGGCUCAGGCUCUGGCCCUGGCCCUGUUCCUGCGCCCAGAGAAAAAGAAAAAAGUUCAGACUCGGAUGAAAAGAACAACGCUUUUGGAUACCGAAACAACCGUAUGGCCGUCGACGGCAUGCCUAAUACGUCCCUUUCCGAGGCUGAGGCGGCCCAGCAAGCUUCGACUGAUAAUGCUUAUGCCCAAUUCAUGAAGCCUAAAUUUGCCCGGGCUCCGAUAAAGGAGGCUGGCCGGGUGGCGUACUUAGGCGAAUCAUCAAAUCUGUCACUUUUGGUUCAAGAUCGCCAUGGAACUGCAGAUGUCGUGCACUAUCCUCUCCCACCGAAUAUCAGAGGAUCCCGCGCCCGGUUGACAGACUUGGACAAUUUGGAAAUCGAUAUUCUGCAUCAGCGGGGCGCAUUCCUGCUCCCGCCCAAACCACUUUGUGAUGAGUUAGUGGACGCCUACUUCAAGUGGGUUGCACCCGUGGUGCCGAUUAUCAACAAGAGUCGCUUCAUGCGACACUACCGCGACCCCAAGAACCCACCAUCGCUGCUACUACUCCAGGCGAUUCUGCUGGCAGGAUCGAGAGUCUGCACCAACCAACAGCUUAUGGAUGCGAAUGGCUCGACAACCCCUGCGGCUAUGACUUUCUAUAAGCGUGCUAAGGCAUUGUAUGAUGCGAAUUAUGAGGAUGACCGUGUCACCAUCGUGCAGGCAUUGGUACUUCUGGGUUGGUACUGGGAGGGGCCUGAAGCAGUAGAUGUCACCAAGAAUGUGUUCUACUGGACACGGGUAGCUAUGGUGGUGGCCCAGGGCUCCGGGAUGCACCGCAGUGUCGAAAUGUCCCAGCUCAAUAAACCGGACAAGAGACUUUGGAAGCGAAUCUGGUGGACUCUGUUCACCCGGGAUCGCUCUGUGGCUGUCGCGUUGGGACGACCCAUUGGGAUCAAUACGGAUGACUCGGAUGUUGAGAUGGUGACAGAAGAUGAUUUCAUCGAGGAUGAACUCGAUACUCCCGCCGAAUACCCAGCAGAUCCUGUCCAUGUCCAGUUCUUCCUGCAGUAUGUCAAGUUGUGCGAGAUCAUGGGCUUGGUCCUGUCACAGCAGUACUCUGUGGCCUCCAAGUCGCGGCGUAUGAAUGCAAUGGACCUCACUCACUCCGAUAUGGCGCUUGCCGAUUGGCUGCAGAACUGCCCCAAAGAAGUAUGCUGGCAACGCUCUCGGCAUCAUUUCUGGGCAGCGCUCUUGCACUCUAAUUACUACACUACGCUCUGUCUUCUCCACAGAGCCCACAUGCCGCCUGCCUCAUCCGCGCCCAAUAACUACAGGGUCGAAGAAAUGGCUUACCCAUCGCGAACAAUCGCCUUCCAAGCUGCAGGCAUGAUCACGUCUAUAGUCGAGAACCUUCAGGCGCAUGGGGAAAUUCGGUACACGCCUGCCUUCAUCGUAUACAGUUUAUUCUCAGCGUUGAUCAUGCAUGUGUACCAAAUGCGUUCCUCGGUUCCUUCAAUUGUGGCCACCUGCCAGGAAAGGAUCAAUGUGUGCAUGUCCGCCCUAAAGGAUGUAUCAAAGGUUUGGCUGGUGGCAAAAAUGGUAAACACUUUAUUCGAGUCUAUCCUCGGAAACAAGGUGCUUGAAGAACGACUCCAGAAGGCUGCAGGCCGGAGACAUCAGCGAACACGGCACGGCGAAUCCUCAACCUCUAAAAGGCCGGACCCGCCAAAGCGCAAAUUUGACGACAUGGAUAUUGGCAUACCUAAUGGUGGGCCCACACCCCCGGUGUCAUAUGAACGCUCCCGGCCUCAGACGCCUGCUGUCACACCUUCCCGGGAACUGAAUCCACCUACUCUCGGCGGCCAUCAAUCACCAAACAAUGCCCGCGGUCCUCACGAUUCCCUGGUCGGUACUGGCAACUCUCGAUCCAACACCCGGCCUACAACGCCAUUCAACGGCCAAUUCUCUCUGCCCGCCACACCUCCUGACUUCUUCCUGGUGACUCGUACCUCACCUAACCUCUCCCCAUCCCUUUGGGAGAACUUCCAACCCGACCAAUUGUUCCCAGACGGCACCGCCUUCUUUCCGGAACUAACAUCGCCUCCCCAGCCUGCCGCAGUCGACCCAUCCCUCCAGAUCCCGUCACAAAUGCCCGCGGGGAUGUCCCAACGCCCUCCCAUGAUGAACAACCAGCCGCAGCCCGUCCCGGGUCGCAGUAUGUCCGUCUCGCAGGGUAGUCCGUCGAUGAUGCCGGGACUGCCGGGGGCAAUGGGAAUGCAGCCCACCCCGCCGCAACAAAUGUUCGGUAUGGAGGGCCAGCAUCAGCAAGCCUGGCCGCCCAUGCAGGGUCUUGAUGGAACUAUGAGUGGGGCAGCGAUGGAUGCUGCUAGUCAAGACAAUGAUACCUGGAGUAGCAGCUCUCGUAGUGGACCGACCGCGCCGACGACACUGAAUGUCGAGGACUGGUUCCAAUUCUUCGGCAUCAACGGCGGAUUUGGCGACUUGGCUGCCUAA